AUGUUACAAUACAAAAAUCCCUCUGCUGCGCCAGGUAAUACCUCUGCCACAGCCGCCCCGCCUACACAGCAGACAACACAGGUACAGCAGCAGCAACAACAACAGCCGCAACAGCAGACAUUGGUUCAAAAUGCAGCGGCCCAACAACAACAACAAAUUCAAACACAAAUCCAGACAGCACAGCCAACACAAGUGAAAGCCACCUUCAUGAAUCCCUCUGCCGCUGCUCAGGGCCAGUCCCAGCUACAGGCGGCCGGUGGCACCGCUCUGCAACCCAAUCAAAUACCUUUAUCACAGAUUAUCAACAUUCAACAAUUGCCGCAACAAUUUCUUCAAGCAGCUGCCGCGCAACAACAACAAGCACCUACCCACCAACAGACCCAAUCACUACCACAAAAUAUGUUUCAAAUAGUGCAGCCCAUGCAAACGGUAAAUAUCGAUGGUCAGGAGGCAAUUUUUAUACCGAAUUUCAAUACCCAAUUGGCGGCAGCUCAGCCGGUGAACAUAAAUGGUCAACAGGUUUUCCUCACACCCAAUGGCCAGAUAGUGAGGGCACCACAAGCUACCCAACAAACCACCGCAGUACAACUGCAACCGGGUACACAGUUUAUUCAGGGUUUGGGACAGACAAUACAACUGCCUGCUGGAUUUGGUACAGCUGGUGCCCUGCAAGAGCAGACAAUGUUUACGAUACCGGGUACGAAUAUUCAAAUCCCCAUCACAACCGCUCCCACACCCCAGCAGAUACAACAGCAGCAAUUGCAGCAACUGUUUCAACAGCAACAACAACAGCAGCAGCAACAAUCUCAGUUGCAAGCUCAAGUACAGGCACAAGCUCAGGCUCAACAACAAGCCCAACAGCAGCAGCAGCAACAACAACAAGCAGCUCAACAACAGGCCCAACAGCAGCAACAACAGCAGCAAGUUAAUAAUGCUGCUGGCAAUAACAAUUCCACAACUGGAACAGUUCCUACGAACUCCGGACCAGGGCAAACUGCCACCCUGCAAACUGCAAACAUACCAGCUGGUGGCACAACUACCACCACAACCACCACGUUACCCAGUACAAUAACAAUUCCCGGUACAAAUAUACAAAUACCCACCUCUGUGGCGGCUGCCAAUGGAUUACUGGGUAACCUGCAACAACUAUUGGCAACCGGCGGAAACGCCUCCAUAAAACUCGAUAAUGGUCAGACGCUGCAAAAUAUACAAAUACGCCAGGCAGGUCCAGCAACCACCGGCACAGCAUCUCAGCUACAACAAAUUGUGCAAUUUCCACCUUCCCUGCAGCAGGCUCCCGCAGCAGCCGUUCCCCAACCAGCAUUACAACAGACCACAGUUGCCGUUCAAGUUCCCAUACAAACUGCCAAUGGACAGACGAUUUAUCAAACUGUUCAUGUACCCGUCCAACAGUUGACCGGUGGCGGAGGUGGUAUUUCGGCCACAAAUCUCCUGCCCACCGCUCAACAUAUGGCAAUGCCACAAAUAAUACCCCAGUAUACGCAGAUAGCACAGAUUGUUACACCUAGUGGGCAGAUUCAACAGGUGCAAUUGGCUCCGCUGAAUGCUCUAACAUCCUAUCAACAAUUGCCUACAAAUGCCAAUAUUAUUCAUAUUCAGAAUGCGGCUGCAGCCCAGCAGCAGGCGGCAGUUGUUGCCCAUCAGCAACAACAGCAGCAACAACAGGCUGCCCAAGUUCAAGUCCAACAACAACAGCAGCAGCAUCAGCAACAACAGCAAGUUCAACAGCAGGCUGCUGCAGCCGCUGUGGCGGCACAACAACAGGCUGCCCAGGUUCAACAUCAACAACAGCUGCAACAGCAGCAGCAACAAAUAAUCAAUGCCAUCAAUGCAGCAAAUGAGUCGGGAGCUCAAAUUCCCACAAAUCAACCGAUAACCAUAACAAAUGCGCAAGGUCAACAGGUCACCGUGAUACCAGCUCAACAACUACAACAAUUCCAACGUGCCAAUAUAGCUGCUGCUGCGGCUGCCCACCAAACUGCGGCCACCGCAACCCCUGCACCACAAGCAACAACAGCUGCCGCCACCACAGCCACAGUUCCUCAAGCAGCGGCGAAUCUCAUACAAUUCCAGCAAAUGCCUGGCCUACAAGCCCUGCCAAUACAAAAUAUACCCGGCAUUGGACAGGUACAAAUAAUACAAGCUCAACAGUUACCACCCAAUCUGCAAGCGGCUAAUAUUCAACAAAUAUUGGCAGCGGCAGCUGCUCCUCCCCCUCCGCAGUCAGCAACAGCAACUGGUCAACAAAAUCUCCAACAAUCCUCACCACAGACCACAAAUCCCAACACCCAGUCCCAAGCAAACGCACAAUCCUCCACACAAAAUGUUCCCACAACCAGUAACACACAACCUUCACCCCAAGCCGCCCAACCCACAUCGACAACAAAUAACACGCCGGGAGGUAAUAUAACAUCUGGCACACUGCAACAACAAAUUACAGCCGGUAAUGUAGCCUCCUCAUCGAAUGUUACCACAACGGGGCAACAACCUACAAAUCAAACUUCACCAGCCGCCAAUAACAGCAACAGCCAACAACAACAGCAGCACAGCACAACAGCCAUUACCACCGCCACAUUGCAACAACCCAAACAGGAACCACCAUCCCCGACACAAAUUGGUCAAACUUUGAUAACCAACAUUAAACAAGAGCCACCAGAUAAUGGUCCCAUUUCAGCUGGUACCACCUCAAUAAGUGUUCCUGCCUCACCGGUUGCCGCAAAUGCUGUAACAAGUACCCAAAUUAAAUGGUUAAUGCCACAAGCCACAACUGUCACCCAGCAGCAGCAACAAUCUCAGCAACCAACCCAACAACAUAUCGUCUCAGCCAUCGAUAAUAUGGGAAUACCAGUAACUCUGCCAGCCUCAUUGCAAAUUACCCCUAUACCAGCAACAUUGCAAGGAGCUCCACAUCAGCAGCAGCAACAUUUUACUAUACCCCUUGGUAGGACAACACUUAUUAAACCCCAUACUACAAAUAGUUUAAAUUCGGUGUCAAAUAAUCCCCAAACAUCAACAUCAUCGGUGACCAGUAGUUUGGGUGGUACCCAAAUUACCAUUGCCGCCACUACCACCACCACCACCAAUGCCAACAACAAUAAUAAUAACCCUGGCCAACAAUCAUCCAAUGCAACAUCUCAAGCACAAAACUCAACGACUGCAACAUCUGCCGCUGCAGCAUCAUCAGCACAACCCCCUCCUCCUCCUCCCUCACAAACCUCCGUCAAUGUAAACAUUAAUCUCAAUGAUCCCGGUAAUUUGGGGAUAAAACCUCGAUUAAAACGAGUUGCCUGCACCUGCCCGAAUUGUGUUGAUGGUGAAAAUAAAUCCGAUCGGAAGAAACAACACAUCUGCCAUAUACCCGGUUGCAAUAAAGUCUACGGCAAGACAUCCCACCUCAGAGCCCAUUUACGUUGGCAUACCGGUGAACGGCCGUUUGUCUGCUCGUGGCUAUUUUGUGGUAAACGUUUUACACGAUCCGAUGAAUUGCAACGGCAUCGACGUACCCACACAGGGGAGAAACGAUUUCAAUGUCCCGAAUGUUAUAAGAAAUUUAUGCGUUCCGAUCAUUUGUCGAAACACAUAAAGACGCAUUUGAAAUCUCGAGCAGCCCUAGAACGUAUCGAAUUGUACAAUUACAAACAGGAAAAUAUUAAACAAGAGCCGGGCGGUGAUGAUAUGCAGGAUAUGGAUGGAAAUGUUGUUGGUAUGGAUAUGCCACAGAGGGGAGGACAACAUCAUUUAGAUGCCAACACAGUUGCUGGUUCAACUGGUAGUGGUGGUAUGAUAAUGGGUGGUGGUAUGGGUAACACUUCCAUGUCUUCCCUGGAUGGCAGCCUAAACAACUCUUCCACUGGUGGUGGCCUAAUAAUGAACGAGGCUGACAUCUCCAAUCAAACUGAUAGCUAUGGCGAAGAUGAUGACUGUGAUGAGGACGAAGAUGACGAGCUAAUGGACGACGAUGAAGAUAGUGGUGAUGAUGAAGAGAAAAUGACCAUUUCUAUUAAUGAAUUUCCGGAAAACUCCAACUAG